AUGAAAGCUGCUCGUUCGGUACGCGUGCCCCGCGUCAAGGGUACCAGUCAUUCCAGCACCCGACUUGUCAGUGGAACUGGUAAUGUGAAGUCCUCCAUGGCGGCAAACAGCAUCUUGCCGUCCCUGUCACCAGCAGCACCUGCUCUACCCCGAAAGGCUCUGGCUGCACCACUUGCCAAGCUGCCCCUGUCAUCUGUUUUGCGCUCCCUAUUAGUGCUAUCGGUCUCCUCAUCGCCACUUCUCCUCAAACCAUGCAUUUACACCUUAUCCUUGCUGGCUCAUCCUCGCUCUGCACUCUGGGAUGUUGCCAAGAACCCAGUUCUGAACUUUUUUGUUAAACACACCGUGUACAAGCAGUUCAACGCUGGUGAGAACAAGGUCGAGGUUCAAAAGUCUAUCCGACACAUUAAGGAUCUGGGAUGCCGUGGUGUUCUGCUUGGUUAUGCUCGUGAGGUUUUGGUUGAAAAGAACCAGAAGGCCUAUGACGCAAAGGCUGCCCUUGCUGAGAUUGAGACAUGGCUGGAUGGUACUUUGAAAACCGUUGAUAUGGCACAGGAAGGUGACUUUGUUGCCUUGAAGUUCACCGGAAUGGGUAUCGACGCCCUACGCCUGCUCCAGAAACAGGCUCCGCCAACCGAAUUCAUGAACUCCUCUAUCCAAGAAAUCUGUGAUUUGGCAAUUUCUCGCCGUGUACGCCUCUUGGUCGAUGCCGAGGAACAGGCUGUUCAACCCGGUAUUGAAGCUUGGAUUAUGAAAUACCAGAAGUACUGCAAUUCGCAGACUCCGGGGCGUGCCAUCUUCUACGGUACCUACCAAGGCUACCUCAAAUCUACACCUGUAACUCUGGCACGUCAUCUUGAGACUGCUCGCAGCGAGGGAUAUACUUUGGGCGUUAAGCUUGUUCGUGGUGCUUACAUGAAGACGGAGCCUCGCCAGCUGAUCUGGGCCAAGAAGGAGGAUACCGAUAAAUGUUACGACGAAAUUGUCGAGUCCCUUCUGACUCGCAAGUACAAUUCUAUGCUGAAACGUCCCUCCCCUGACACACCUGCUGAGCUCCCCCCGGUGGAUGUUAUUAUUGCUACACACAACCGUGAAUCCGUACGCAAGGCCCAUGUUCUCCGCAUGCAACAGGUUACCAAUGGAGAAGAUUAUGGUGUUGACCUGAGCUAUGCACAGCUUCAGGGUAUGGCCGAUGAAGUAAGCUGUGAGCUUCUUCAAGGGUUUGAGAGCGCUGAGUCUAGUAUGGGUGUCACCCCAAUGGCGGCCCCUAAUGUGUUCAAGCUUUUGACUUGGGGCUCGGUGAAGGAGUGUAUGGGAUUCCUCUUGCGUCGUGCUGUCGAGAAUACCGAAGCUGUUGGGCGCACCAAGGACUCCCGAGUGGCCAUGUUCGGUGAGCUGAAACGCCGCUGCCGUGGUGUGAUCAGCCGUCGCAACUAA